AUGGAUUCUACUACAGAUACUGAUAGUUCCGGAAAUGCCCUAUCUUUACUAGCGCCUCGUCUAGUUCCAACGAUUCACAAAGCCCCGCCUCCGAACUUACUACCCUCUUGCCCUGCGUUGAAUCAGUCUGGUAGAACGAUUCUCAUUACUGGUGGCUCGGCUGGUAUUGGUUUCGCAAUUGCGAGGUCAUACGCAGCGGCAUCAGCCUCCAGAAUUAUCUUGAUAGGUCGUCGUGAGGAGACCAUCAAGCAAGCAUCUUUGAAGCUCACACAGGAGUAUCCAAGUGUGACUAUUAUUCCCAGAGUCUGCGAUGUCGCAAACACCGAUCAAACAGACAAACUUUGGUCAAGUCUGGAUGACGAAGGCAUUUCAGUUGACGUUCUUAUUCUAAAUGCGGCGCUAUUUGGUCAGCAGCAGCAGCCACUCCUGGAUACUGACUUGGACGCAACUUGGUCGUUGUAUGAAACAAACGUCAAAUCCAUCUUGGAUUUCUGCCAGAAGUUACAUAAACAACAGAAAGUUGACGAUAAGAAAAAGUUUAUAGUCUAUGUUUCCACAGCUGCUAUCCACAGUCGAUCAAUAGCUGCUAUCCUUCCAGAUUACUCUCUAAGUAAAAUGUCGGGCCAUUUGCUUAUCCAGAGCAUUGCAGAGAAUGUGGAUCGCACAAGAUUACAGAUCCUCACUUUUCAUCCUGGACAGAUUCUUUCGGAAAAAGCGCGAUCCACAGGUCUCGAUGAGAACAGCGCACCAUUCGACGAUGAAAACCUACCAGGCCGUUGGGCUGUUUGGGCGUCGACAUCUCAGGCCGCAUUUCUUCACGGCCGUUUUGUAUGGGCAGCAUGGGAUAUAGAUGAGUUGAUGUCUGGGGAUGUUCGAAAGCGCAUAGACGAUGAUGAGGAUUUCUUGACUCUGAAAUUGAUUGGUCUCUGA